AUGGCUUCCCCGUUAGAGGCGGAUCUCUCCUGCCCUAUCUGUAAGGACUACUUUAAAGAUCCUGUUGUCCUGUCGUGUAGCCACAGCUUCUGUGAAGACUGUCUGCAGAACUGGUGGAGGGUGAACCAAAUAAAGCAAUGUCCAUGUUGUAAGACAAUACCUUUAUCCAAUCCACCUCGUAACUUGGCGUUAAAGAAUCUGUGUGAGGCUUUUUUACUGGAGAGAAAUCAGAGAGCUCCAGCAUAUCCAGAGCCUGUCUGCAAUCUGCACUCUGAGAAACUCAGACUCUUCUGUCUGGACCAUCAGCAGCCAGUUUGUCUUGUCUGCAGGGAUGCAAAAAUACACAAAGGACACAGAUUCAGUCCCAUCGAUGAAGCUGUACAGGAUCUCAAAGAGGAGCUCCAGAAAUCCCUGGAGCCCUUACAGAGGAAACUGUUUUGCUUUGAACAAGUUAAAAGUAACUGGGAUGAUACAGCAGACCACAUUAAGGUCCAGGCCCGACACACAGAGAGGCAGAUUAAGGAGCAGUUUAAGAAGCUUCACCAGUUUCUAGAAGAGGAAGAGGAGGCCAGGAUCUCUGCUCUGAGGGAGGAAGAGGAGCAGAAGAGUCAGGUGAUGAAGGAGAAGAUUGAGGCUCUGAGCAGAGAGAUAGCAGCUCUUUCAGACACAAUCAGAGCCACAGAGGAGGAGCUGAGAGCUGAACACGUCUCAUUCCUGCAGAACUACAAGGCUGCAGUGGAAAGAGUCCAGCAGCGCCCCCUGCUGGAGGAUCCACAGCUGCUCUCAGGAGCUCUGAUAGAUGUGGCCAAACACCUGGGCAACCUGACCUACAACAUCUGGGACAAGAUGAAGGAGAUGGUCUCCUACACUCCUGUGAUUCUGGAUCCAAACACUGCUCAUCCAGAACUCCUCCUGUCUGAAGAUCUGACCAGUUUAAGACGUAGAGAGAAACAGAAGCUUCCUGAUAAUCCGGAGAGGUUUGAUUACAUUCCUGCUGUUCUGGGCUCUGAGGGUUUUGACUCUGGGACUCACAUCUGGGAUGUUGAGGUUGGAGACAGUACACACUGGCAUGUGGGAGUGUUAAUUAAUUCUUCCCAACCAAUUUUAGAGGUGUGUGAAAGUUUUUCUGUUGGGUUUAGUCAAGGUGAGUACACAGCAUACUCAGAUGAUGAACCAUUUUGUAGCCCUGCUCUCCCAGUAGAGAAGAAGCUCCAGAGGAUCAGAGUUAAACUGGACUGUGAUGGAGGCAAUCUGUCAUUCUCUGAUCCUGACACUGACACUCACAUACACACCUUCACACGCACUUUCACUACGGAGCUGUUUCCAUACUUUUGCACCGGUGAAAAUACAAUUAAGAUAUUACCAAUUCCUGUCUUUGCUGUCGUAUAA